AUGUAUACCAGCCCUUCAAUAGUUAUAGAUAACGGGACAGAUACCACCAAGGCCGGCUUCGCCUCUGAAGAUUUACCAUCGCUAGUUUUCAACAGUAACUAUUCCAAGGCGCUGGACUCUAGUGAAGUGAUCAUUGGCGAUGAUGAAAUAGACAAGUACCCACAGAACGAAGUGUACACUUUAUUGAAUAAUGGUAUCGUCUAUGAUUUCGAUAACAUCGCCAAAAACUGGGAGUAUGUUUAUGAUCAUGUGGACAACAACCUUCGAGUUGAUCCCAAGGACUUCCCGCUUACAUUGACAGAAGCCGUUAACAAUUCAGAUAAGAAUAAAAUCAAAACCAGUGAAAUUGUAUUUGAACAAUUCGAAGUACCAAUUUUCUCGCUUGUGAAAAAGCCAUUGUGCCAAUUAUAUAACCAUGGAACUCCAUCUGGGCUUGUGGUGAACUUAGGAUCAGCCUCCACUACCAUUACUACCAUUUUGGAUGGUGUCAUUCAGAACAAGUUUAAUUUCAAAUCCAGUUACGCUGGGGAUUUCAUUGAUGCAAAUAUUUUGAACUACUUAGGCACUCAAAAUGUGGAAUUGAACAACUGGGGAAUAAACUGUUCUGAAUCAUACAAGAAGUAUCAAAUCUCCAAGAAAAUUUUGAAACCUUUCAAGCUCGCAAUCUCAUUGGCUAAAAAGAACUAUCAAUUGCCUAACCAUCAAUACGUGCCUGUUGUCAACGAGCAAAUUGAUUUGUUGGAGCCACUUUUCACUCCUCAAAUAAGCAGUUUGGUUAACGUAGAACCCAAAUUGGAUGAUCCUUCGACUAAUGGGUUAUCAUUUUUCAUUUUGAGUGUAUUAAAGAACAUUGAAAUGAACGUGCUUGCCAACAAUAGAAACAAUUUCAACAAAGCGGUUGAGGUGCUCAAAGCUUUAGAAUCCAACAUUUUAAUCACAGGAAACACUUCUUUGCUUCAAGGUUUAACUUCAAGAGUUAUCAACGACAUGUACAAUUUGAUCUACAAGUAUUUCCCGGAAUACACCCAUAAGUUGCACUUUUUGAACUCAGAUUUGGUGAGCGUUUGGGACAAGAAAUUCAGCAGUUGGUUGGGUGCCAGUAAUUUGAGCUUGAUGUUGAAUCUGAAUAGUGAGAUUGUAAAUGACUGGUUCGUUAGCAGAGAAGAUUAUUUGGAAUACGGCCAGGACUAUAUCUUGGAGAAAUUGAAGUGA